UCGGUCCGUUCACGGCUCAGCGGAUGCCGACUCUGUAGACCGUGGGGUCUUUACAAUGGAGGCCGUACGUCAGCCAUCGAGUCGCCAACGUGACGUCAGAGACAAUCCUGUAUGGUGUGAGGGGACAGGGAGUACAGUGACAGAUAAAACCGGCCAAGGCGAUCCGAACUCCUUAACACAAGACCUCUCGCAGUCUGUUCAAGGGAAGGUCAACUUUGAUGAAAUUCCAUUCGCCGACGAAACAGACGACAGCGAUGACCCUGACCUUUCAACAGCAGACAGUUCACGUUCGUUAUAUCACCCGCCCCGGCCGCGCAACCCUGAUGACGUGGACGUUUGUACAAUACCGUGCUACCCACACUGUCUUGUCAUGUUCUCCUCAGCUUCAGGACGUUACGCAUUUUCCAAUGACUACAAGGGAGGAUGGCUUCCGUACUCUAUGCAUAACGUCCUCCGUAAAAUGGCACAACGUCACUUCCGGAUCGACCUUCUAGAGGCCCUAACGGAAGUAAAUGAGGCUAUGACAGAGAGUUUGGAGACACACACACCCAGCGACAAGGUUCUGCAUCAGACCAAGUCAACCGCUUGUAUCUACCAUAUGCUUACCAAGGAUAUUUAUUUUAAACCCAAGUACGCCCUAGUAGAUGUACCUCUGGUCGAUGAUGUGCAAGUCACGGCAGUGUAGUUCAACAAUGGUGUCUGACUUACAGAGUAUAUGCUUUAUGUACCUCGGACAUGAUAGUUGUAGAGACCCAAAAAUCGAUAGUUCGCAAGGAGCUGUUUCCAACGAAGGAAAAGGGCUACGUUAAGGUUAAAACUCAUUAGAAACCGGUAAAAUGGUAACUUACGAUACCAAAAUAUUCCGUGAUUGAUUUACAUUAUAAGAUUACUGAUUUGGAUUGUUCGUCCUUCUGAGGUUACACAGACAUGUUCAGUCGACCCGGAGAUGGGAACACGCUUUCCAUGUUAGUAAAGAGAGACACAUCGAAUCGCUCUAUAAAGACACACACGCGCUUUAAAGACCUUGAACCGAUAUUUUAGAAUUGACGACAUUACGGUAUUUACCGUCACCAGGGCUUAAAGACGGAACCUAAAAUCACAUGAAAAUAUCAGGUUGAUGAAUCAAGUGGUUAUGCCUGUGUAUUUAAUACUGGUGUAUAGGGUAUAUUCAGUGAGCGUGUUAUAACAGAAUGGAUGGACGUAGCAAGUUUGAA